UGUAACUAUUAUCGGACCCCGCUAUCUGACGGCGACUAAUAUCCCGAGACACCUGUCACUACUUGCUCGAAGAAAUAAAGAAAUCAGUAUGGAUGAAGAUACACGCCGCUACAUCUAUUCAUACAUUGAACCCGAUGAGUUCCGCGUCCUCAAGAUUAUCGAGGUACAUCCCCAGAUUCAAUUCACUCUAGAGACGUUCUCCAUUUACGAGGCCCCGGAAUAUGAGGCCCUGUCGUACGCAUGGGGUACCUCCCCAGAAAUGGAAGAGAGCGUUUGCAACGGUGCGCACUUCCGUAUCUCGCGGACUCUGGGUCAAGCACUACGCGGAAUCCACGCACAUUCUGGAAGCGGAUGGAUAUGGGUGGACGCCAUCUGCAUCAAUCAAACCGAUGCAGAGGAGAAGGCGCACCAGGUCGCGGGAAUGGGAGAGCUCUACUCCUGCGCGGAUCAAGUCGUAAUCUGGCUGGGAGAUGCAGCUGACCAGAGUGAUUUGGCGUGUUCGCUGUUGCCCGAACUUACGGAAAGGAUUUGGUCGUUGAAGGAGACCGAAGGAGGUUGGAGACCACUAAGCACGGACGAUAUCGUAUCGCAUGGGCUUCCGCAUCCCGACGAUCUGCUCUGGCGUGCCGCAUUGUUGCUCUAUAGUCGGGCCUGGUUUCAGCGACUCUGGAUUGUUCAGGAGGUCGUCCUGGCGCGUGCCUGUGUGUUUCUAUGCGGCGCGCGGCUGAUUGAAUGGCAUGUUAUCGUGAAUUUUGCCAUUGCGACGUCAAGAUCUUUCUUCAUCAGCAAUAUCGCCGGCUUACACAUUAAGGCUAUGGGUGAGCAUCAGGUGAAUCGGUCGACGAACGGGAUCAGGCUCAUCCGGAACGCACGCCGGUUGAAGACAGGGUUGGAACAGGUUGAAAAGGAGAUUGAUGGGCUCCAAGCGACAAUGGACAUCAUGCAGAGUCAGGGUGCAUCCGUAAAGCUGGACUAUGUCUAUGCAGUUCGAGACAUGCUUCCAGACGCCCUCCGUGAGAAGGUGGUGGUCGAUUACUCCGAUCAGGCUCAGCACAACUACGGAAUGAUUCAUGCCAGUUUUUUCCGGCAAUGCUUGGAGAGGGUCGGAGAUUGGCCAUCAUUACGUUUCCCUCCAAACAUGGAUCGUGGUAAUAUCCCUUCAUGGUGUCCCCCUUGGGGCAGCGGCUGGAACGACGGCUACCUGCCCGUCGUGGGCUGUAGGGCUGGGAGGCCAGCUGCAACGUCCCUCCCAUCGUCGUCUUAUGCGGUCGGCGAGACUGUUCCGCUCAGCGAGGUAUUCGACAGGAGCUCAAGCGUUAUAUAUGCAGGUCGAGUCUUGACAGCCCUCAAGGACUGUUUGGCCCACAUUCCCGACGGCCCAAACGCCCACCAACGCCUCUUGGGCGUCCUGAUCGGUCAGUGUGGCUGGCUCAAGUCACCUCAAUUCUCUCAGUACCCAGACCACGAUGUUCUAAACAGUUUGAUCACAUUCCUGGAGCACCUUGCAGAAAAUGAAGAGCACGAACGUCAGGCCGGUUCAGGCCCUGUUAACCUAGACACAGCUGAAUACGUUCUUGACCAGCAUCGGUUCUGGCGCAGCUAUCUAAAUCUCAUAAUGCUUCGAUGGCCAGGUAGAAGUUUUGCUCUUACCACAAACGGGCGUAUGGCGAUCGUACCAUGUCACACCAAGCCCGGAGAUACCGUGUGUGUCUUCAUCGGAGGGACACUUCCGCAGGUUGUUACUCGGCACGAUGACGGUAAGCACUGGAUAUAUAUUGGGCCCAGUGUUGUCGACGGUAUCAUGGAAGGCGAGAUGUUUGAUAUCGGGCAGAAUUGGAUAAAAAAGAAGGAGGUGUUCUGCUUGAAAUAG